AUGGAUAUGAAAAUGAAACAAUUUCCUAAUUCCAUUCGGAUAGGGAACUACACUAGAGAACAACAAAUCGUAGCAACAGUUUGGUACCACGAAAGACUUUACACAGGAAUGACCAGAUAUCAAUUAACACUCAACUUCGGAAUAAGGUUCCAGCAAGGGAACCUUCCGAGUUAUAAUACUUUAAAAAUGUGGGAGCGAAAAUUAUUCAAAUACGGUCGUUUACACCGAGACAAAGCAAAGGCCAAAAAACCUAGAACGAAUUUGGUGAAAUAUAUUUAUUUACCUUAUGUUAAAGAAUCAUUUACGAAGUUUCCUGAUUUAACUAUUAGAGCUAGGGCAGAAAUGCUCGGUUUUUCAUAUAGAUCUGUGAGUGAUAUUGUAAAGGAAGAAAUCAGUCCAGAAGAAUUAGAAUUAUUGAAGAAUAAAGGACGAAAGGACCAUGAAAGUGAUGGGACUGCUUCAAAGACUGUUGAACAAAUAGAUAAACUUGAUUCGUGA